UAAUUACUGGGGAACAUCCUCAAAGAAACUACCUACCUACCUACAUAGUAACCUUAACGUUAGACUUCUUCUAUAUAUACCACAUGACCCACCUAUAAAGGUCCAUGUACUAUGUAUGUAUGAAUGCCCAUUGAGCUAAUUCGAAUAAUUCUAGUUCAAGGCUUCGUUCUAGAGAAUAAGUUCUAGAGAAUAAGAGUAUCUUACAAGUUACUCUCCUAAUCAUCGACGAACAUGGCCGACAAUAAGCCCACGCUGCACCACUUAGAGGACUCUCAGUCUCACCUAAUCCUAUGGCUGCUCGAGGAGAUGGGCAUCGAGUACAACCUCGUGCUCCAUAACCGCGUAAACAAGCGCUCGCCCCCGGCCUUGCGCGCGCUCCACCCCCUCGGCAAAUCGCCAACGCUAGCCACGCCCUCGGGCCGCCUGAUCACGGAGCGCAGCGCCAUCGCCCUCUGGCUCAUCAACACGUACGACGCAGGCGCGCCGUUCCGCCUCGCGCCGCCCCCGGCCUCGUCUCCCGACGACGACGCCGUGCGCGAGGAGCAGCUGAUCUCUCUCGGCGGCGCCACGCUCAACCCCCUGCUGCUGCUCAAGCUAGUGUUCGGGCAGCUGGUCGCGCAGACGCCGUUUUUCGUGCGCCCGCUCGUGCGCGCCCUUCGCUACUUUCUCGACAGCGCGUUCUUGGACGCCGAGAUAGCCACCGUGUUUGGGUUUCUGGAUGCGCAGCUGGAGGAGGGUAAGGAUAAGAACGACGACGGGGAUGGGACGGCUACUACUACGACGCGUGCUUUCUUCAUGGGCACCGAGGCCCCGACGCGCACCGACUUCACGCUCAUGUGGUAUGUCGACUGGGCGUUCCAGUCCAGGUGGGUGGAUUUUGAGAAGUAUCCCCGCGUCAAGGAGUGGCAUGCCAGGUGCACUAGCAGGCCGGCGUGGAAGAGGGCGCUGGAGAAGGGGAAUGGGUACGAUGUGCGGAAUUAGAGAGCAUAAGGCUCUGUUGCGAGUCUGAGUACCUAAGGUAGGUACAUGAUGAAGUUGGACGUGUGGACGAUGAAGUUACGAAUCUCAACUCUGGUAUAGGGGUUAAAUGAGGUAGGCUUGAGCAGAACAUAUCCUCCGCUAUAACUGUAGAUAAAUAUUUGCAAUAUACUCUGUACAAUUGAGAAUGCAAAGGUUGUUGUACAAGACUCGCUCCGACCAACGAACGGAUGCAUAGGCUAGAAGAAAUAGGAAUAUAUUCAAAGGGUUGGUUGCACCACCAAGCCGUAUCUUUCCAAAAAGAUACACGUGCACCUUGGCUUGCAUCUUGUUGCUUUUCCGCUGCAUGGGAUCGAUAUGAUAUCUGUAUCUCAUGUUUUUUACUGGCUUACGUCGACGAGACGGUGCAUUCGAGUAGACAUAUAUUAUAACAAGUUAUUCAUAAAUGACAAAUGUACCUAAAGCACCUAGAACAUG